AUGACAGAGUUCAGCUUAUCUGAACACUUAACUAGAUUCCAAACAAGUGAUAAGCAGACUUUCCCUGCAGUUGAAAAUCCAGGCAAUGAGUUGAACACUGUGAUCGACGUGCUAGCGGUAUCUCCUGAACUGAUAGAUGACAGCAGUGACACGCUAGAUGGUCUCAUGGAUUUGGUACAUGGGUUUCCCCAGCUGCAGCCACAGCAUCAGACGCAGCUCUCAUAUCUCGUCAGCACUUCUCUCGCGCAUCUCGCUCUGAGCAUUAACUCAAGUUUGUCUGGCGGUGCAACCAAUGCCGAGAUUAUGAACUACCUGCCGCAGUGGAGAAGACAGCUGGAAGAGUACGGCUAUCUUAUACAUGUGCUUCUGUAUUUUCUGGAGCAAGAGUUAUCCAGCGCAGCUUCACAAAACAACGUUGCUAAAACAAGCGGACGGGCCCAUCAGCCGUCGACGAACUCGAUCAACAUGCUAAAGAAAGUGACGUCUCAAAUAGAGAAUAUCUUGGAGUGUACUUUGAAACUUUUUGCAUUGAAUUUGUCACGGCUAUUUCCAACCACACCUGAAAGAGAUCUCUUUGUAGGGCUGUUUACUAAGCCCCUGUAUGUCCUGAUAGAAACGGAGCAGGUAUUAAAAAUGCCGGCAAUCAAGCUUUUCAUCUUUAGAAUUAUUGGAAUUGCGGUUAAAAACCUCGGUCAAAGUUCUAGCACUCAAAAUGCCAUUUUGACUUCAUUGACUUAUUUUGCACAUCUAAACACCUUUAGCGCAGAACUACUGCAGACAAUUAAUGACGAGUUCGAUUAUCCUCAGCUUACUGAAGACAUUUUGAGAGAAAUCAGCAAUAAAGAAUUUAAUAGCAAGGAUGUUAAGGGCCCCAAGUCCAUAUCUGCAUUUUUGGUGAAAUUAUCGGAAUUGAUCCCAAGAAUUGUUUUGAGGCAGAUGACUCUGAUUGUAAAGCUACUCAAUAAUAGCUCGUUUACAUUGAGAUGUGCAGUCGUGGAAGCCUGUGGUAAUAUAGUUGUCGAAAUAUCAAAAAAACAGGAAGACCUCGACUUACAUAAGCAGUCUGUGGAAGUACUGCUGGAGCUUUUGGAAGAAAGGUUUGCGGACUCUAAUCCAUAUGUUAGAACCAAGGCGAUUCAGGGCUGUCUUAAAAUAUGUGAUCUUUCUGUGAAGUUCAAGAAGCACAGGAAUAACGUUGUCAAGCUCGCCGUUCGAUCCUUGCAGGAUAGGUCUUCUCUAGUGAGGAGGAACGCAGUUAAACUACUGACCAAACUUUUGUUGACGCACCAAUUUGAUGCUCUUCAUGGAACUCAACUGGGCUUAUCUAUAUGGGAAGGUCGCCUCAACAGUGCAGAAGCACUGUGGAACGAAACGAUGGGCGCCUCCCUAGAGUCUCAAAGAAGUACGUUAGACGAAUUGAUAGAAAAAAGCAUACGAGAGGACGAUGACAAUGGCUCCUCCAGCGAGGAUGACGAACGGCAAAUAUCAAGAUUAGAGCGGGAAGCCGAAGAUCUCCCUACAACCAACGCAAAUGCCGCUUUCAAGAUGAAGCUGACCAUUCAAUAUUACAAAGAUGCUAUAGCUUUCAUCAAAUGCAUUCAUGAAGGAAUCCGCCAAUCCUGUCAACUUUUACUCUCUAGAAAUCGUAAUGAGGUACUGGAGAUCAUGGAUUUUUUGGUAUUGACUGAUGCUUACAGUAUAGAGUUGAGUUCUAUUGGAGUUCGCAAGAUGCUACAUUUGGUGUGGAUGAAAGGAACAAACGAGGAGGGGACGAGUAUUGUGUCGCAUCUUAUAUCAAGCUAUUACCAGUUAUUUUUGACGCCACCAGAUGGUUCAAACUUUAAAGAAAAGGCGGCGUACAUCGCCACCAAUCUGAUUCAUAUGACCGAAAAUACAUCGGCAGCCGAUCUAGCUUCCUUGGAGAAGCUGCUGGGCCUCAUAUAUCAAGCUAAUUACAUUGAUCAGGAUGCUAUCAAUGUCCUGUGGGCAUUUUAUAAUUCAAGCGCCUGCGGUACAGGAAAAAUCAACACGAAAAAGAUCCAUGGAUCCAUCAUCGUACUCGGAAUGCUCUCCCUGGCCGAUCAUACUAUAGCGCAGAAGGGUUUAGACUCGUUGCUAAACGUAGGACUCGGUGAACCGGGGACUAAAGACCUUGUUUUGUUGAAGUAUUCAUGUAUUGCUCUUCAGCGAAUCAUCCCUAAAGGAUCCAGCGCCAUCUUCUCUGGAAUAGCCAAUGAGAAAUUGGUAGUGCAAAAACUACAUGCACGCAUUAUCGAUAAUGUGCGCGAUCCCGAAUUCUAUCCUGCUUGCGAGGAAGCUAUAAAGGCACUAUUCACCAUUUCCACUUCUCCUGACACUGUGGCGACGGACAUAGUGAGGGAAAAAACCAUGAUAACGUUCGGAAAGAAAGAAAGUGACGACCUCACCACGUACACGGUUUCCCGGACAGCUUCUUUAGCUCAAUUACUCUUCAUCAUUGGUCAUAUCGCGAUCAGUACGAUCGUUUACGUCGAAAAGUGUGAGGCAGAAUUCAAGAAGCGGAAGAUUGAAGCUGAGGCUAAAAGCGCUUCUGGACCAAAUUCUCAUGAACCCAACGUUGCCGAAGAACGACAGCAAGAACUUGAGAUGAUUGGCGGUACCAACGAGGAUGAUUUUGCUGACGCUGUUAAUUUUGUAAAAGAGAAUGAACUGCUAUUUGGCGACUUCUCCUUGCUGGCAAAGUUCGGACCCUUGGUUGAAGAAGUUGUUUCAAAUAGUGCUAAAUUUUCCGACGCAAUGCUUCAAAGAACGGCGUUACUUUGUCUAGCAAAAUUCAUGUGUGUUUCAUCGAAGUACUGCGAGAAAAAUCUACCACUUUUAAUAACCAUCUUAGAAAAAUCACCCGAUCCGAUUAUUCGUUCCAAUGCCAUUCUUGGUCUAGGAGAUAUGGCCGUUUGCUUCAACAACUUGGUAGACGAAAACACAGAGUUUCUUUACCGUCACCUACAUGACGAAGAUUUGAUGGUCCAAAAGACUUGUUUGAUGACAGUGACGUUUUUAAUUCUUGCGGGACAGGUAAAGGUAAAAGGUCAGUUAGGACAGAUGGCAAAAUGUCUAGAGAAUACAGACCAAGGAAUUAGCGAUAUGUGCAAGCUAUUUUUCACUGAAUUGGCUACCAAAGAUAAUGCUAUAUACAAUGGGUUUAUUGACAUGUUCAGUAGUCUCUCGAAAGAUGAGGAUUUGGAGCGUGGUUCCUUCAAGCGAAUUCUGAAAUUUUUGCUCACAUUCAUUGACAAAGAGAAACAUCAAAGGCAGCUCAGUGAGAAACUGCUCGUGCGUUUGCAAAAGUCGCAAACCCAAAAAGAGUGGGAUGAUGUCGCAUUUGUUCUAAACAGUUUACCGGCCAAGUCUGAAAGAGUUGGGGGGCUAUUAGCGGAGGGCUUCAAAAUUGUUGCCGCAAGAGAUUGA